AUGGGUAUGGGUCACGGGCCGAAACAAGAUAGUCAAGACUUUAGUACGUCAAUGUGUCCCAUGUCAAAAGGACUAGAUUAUGCAGGACCCAUCUCCGUUAGACCCAGCAAAAUUCGAGGAAACUGUACGAGCAAGGGGUACAUAGUACUCUUUGAUUACUUUACUACUCGAGCUAUCCAUCUUAAGCUUGUGAGCGACCUCACUUCUGCUGCAUUUAUCGCAGCCUUCCGUCGGUUUGUCAGCCGUCGCGAGCCCUGCAAACGGUUAUUCAGCGACAACGCUACCACCUUUCAUGGAGCUGACCAUGAACUAAAGGAUAUGUUCCAUCGAGCUUAUAUCUUUUAUCAGAGAGCGGCCGCUGUACUAGCUAACGACGGUACCACUUGGUCUUUUAUCCCACCAAGCUCGCCCCACUGCGGAGGACUUUGGAAAGCGGGCGUGAAGUCCACCAAGCAUCAUCUAAAACGAACAAUUGGGGAACACGCUCUCACUUACGAGGAAUUGUACACCUUGUUAACAAAGAUUGAGGCUUGCCUCAAUUCUCGUCCCUUGACUCCACUCGCUGAGGACGCGAACGAUCUGCAGGCUCUCACCCUAGCUCACCUUUUGAUAGGGGAAUCUUCCUUUCUGAUCCCAGGCAAGGAGCACCCGGAUGUACCACUUACUCGUCUUAACUGUUUCCAACUUCUUCAAAGGCUGAAAACCGACUUUAGGAAACGCUGGUCAGAGGAGUAUCUCCAACAGUUGCAGAAACGCAAUAAGUGGCGCUCCCCUACGACUAACCUGGCAGUUGGCAGUAUGGUCCUCGUGAGAGAUGAACGUUACCCUCCUGCAUAA